AUUCUUUAACGUAAUAAGUCUUCUGGUUAUACAAGGUAACCAUUAUCGGACGUUGUUCUUCCAUGGAGCUGUCUGUGGAAUAAAUUAAUUUUCAAAAGAGUGUCCGCCGACGACUCUCGGUGAGAAAGAUACUACUAAGGAAGAUCUUUCUGUUGAGAAUACUCAGAUCAGAUACGACUGUCUUCCGAAGCGCGUACACCUUUUCCUUUGCAACCAUGGCGCCUUUUUCGACAAUGCUUUUCUGUGUGUUUGCUGCAUCAUUUAGCUGGCAACAGACCACAUCUGCGAUCAAGAUAUCUGCGUUCAAUAUCCAAACAUUCGGGACCAGCAAAAUGGACAAGCCUGAAGUGGUUAAUUACCUAAAGCAAAUCAUAGCAAGGUAUGACAUGGUUCUUAUUCAAGAAAUACGCAACAAGGAUGGGACAGCUAUCAAAGAAUUGCUAGAUGAGGUCAACAGCUAUUCUGCAGAUGAAUACGAAAUGGUAAUAUCAUCAAGACUUGGGCGAAGUGACAGCUACAAGGAGCAAUAUGCAUAUUUCUACAAGACAAGCAUGUUAAGUGUGCAAGACCAGUUUGAGUACCCAGAUAAUGGAGCAAUAGACAAAUUCGAAAGAGAGCCUUAUGUUGUCAAGUUUUAUGCAUCUUCUACGUCUGUGAAGGAAUUUGCAGCAGUGGCCCUUCAUGCUAAACCAGAUGAGGCUGUUUCUGAAAUCGAUCUCUUAGCUGACGUCUAUGACUACACAACCAACCAGUUUAAUAUCGAGAAUGUCGUCCUAAUGGGAGAUUUCAACGCUGACUGUAGCUACGUCAAGGAAGAUGAUUGGUCCAAUAUUCGCCUCCGAACAGAGGGCCGAUUUGAUUGGGUAAUACCCGACGAAGAUGACACAACCGUAUCAGGAAAUACGCACUGUGCCUACGACAGAUUCGUGUUAGCAGGCACUCAACUGCAACAGACGUCUUUUGGGGCUCAACCUUUUAAAUUUGAUGAGCACUUUAAUCUUGAUUACUACGACGCCGUUGCUGUCAGCGACCACUAUCCCGUGGAAAUUGAAAUUAAUUAAAAUAAGACAAGCAAGUUCAAUAUUCCUCGUCUUCCGAUCCAAACUUUUCGAUAUCAAUUAUAAUCCAUCAAGAUACGUUUACCUUGUCUAAAUAUUUGAGAAUAUGAGAUAAAACUCACGUCAUAGCCCUGAUAAUGUUAUUUACGCAAAGUGUUUAAUUUGGAACAGAAUAUCACAGAUGGCUUCUUCACAUCAUACACUGUAUACCCAGUGCUGACAUAUUAGCAUUUCGGAAAUUCGAUGCGAUGCCUCAAUUACAGAAUGAUGAAAUAGAAUAACCAAUUAAAGAUAUGAGCAAACAUGAUUGACUUAUCCUAUAUAUAUCAAAUCCUAAAACUAGUUCUCAACUCUUCGACAAUCAAAUGUUGCCAAACUACACUAUAAUUGCAAUAAAAAUAUAACCGUAUAAAGACUCCUCUCUUAAAUGAAAAAAAACCUAUUUCGGAGACUGAAUUGGAAUCGUAAUAUGUAUACUAGUAAUCUAUUAAGAGAAAAUAGUGCGAACAAUUAUCCAUAAGAACUUAUCUUAUCAAGUACGUCUGUAUGUACUGAGUUUUGUUCUCUAGGCAUCUAUACCCUACAACUGCCUUUUAAAUUCUUUUCCCGAAUAAGAACUUUUACAAAUGAAUAUACCAUUGAUUUCAAUAAAGAUCAUGCAUGCAAUAUUCAUGUAAUAUUGUUUUGCUUUUGGGUUCAGAAUGGUGGAAUGUGUAAAUGUGAUGAAUUGAUGAUGGCUUUUCAAGAUGCAAUAUUGAAGAGAAUGAGAGAAAUGCGAACAGCAGUUUGUCGAAAUCCACAAAAAGGUUAUAAAAUAAUGAUUUUAUUUUAUGUCUUUGAAAUGUCACUUGUGAGCCUCCCUUGCAUAUGUCGUAUAAAAUGAUUAAAGUUUUACAUUAAUUUGGUGAAACAGUUGCAUGAAUAUAUUAUGUGUAUAUGUUUAUAAAUACACCAUGAGGAAACUGUUGAUGUCAUAUCCCAACUUUCUUCUUUUUUAUUUGAUCAUCUGAAAUUGAAUUCAUUCAAUUUUCUUUCUCCAAGUAUGAACAAAAAAUGGAUUGACAAUAAUAUGUGUAAGGUAAUCAUUGUUGCAACUCAUUUUGAAUGUAUGAAAAUAUGAAAUAAUUACGUUUUAAUGUAAAAGAGAAAGUGGGAUACAUCAUCGACCCAUCUAUUCCAUAUUCAUGACAAAGUGCAUAACUUUUGUCUUUUACAGAAUAUUGUUAAACUUUGAAAUGCAAUAACUCUGUUAUUUGUAAUAAAACUUGAUGAAUUCUU